AUGGAAGAUUUGAAGGAGAACGGUCCAACAGCAAAGCUGUAUGUUCAAUAUUUUCAAAUGGUUUCUAUUUUAUUUCAAUUCAUUCAUGCUGAGAAAUGUGGCGAUUGGAAACUACAUUUGGAAUGUGUACAAAAAAUGAUUCCUGCCGGACACUUCAACUAUGCUAAAUGUUCUCACCUGUAUCUUCAAGAUAGGCAUGAAAUAUCCGCAAAAUUUAAUACCCAUAAUUAUCAUCUAUAUACCAAUAUGGGAUAUUUCACGAUACGAAGGUCCAACAAGUUCUACUCAGGUAUUUGGUCUGACAUGACAAUUGAGCAAACCUACAUGAGAAACAUUCAUUUAAGAGGAGGCUUAACGCAUGGUCGUGGAGUCAGUCCUGCUACUGCUACUACUGCACGAUGGAUAACAAGCAUCCCCCUGCAAAUAGUUCUCGAUGAACAGUUAGAAAACUUUUGCAACUUCAAGAUGGACGGAACAUCGCAUCAGCAUAAAGAUGCUGGUAAUUCGCGCAUUCAAAAGGAUGAGAAAGACGUGAAAGUUUUACUAGAAUGGCUAGAAAAUCAUCCUCCAUUUUUACAAUUAGAUAACUUGGUAUCAUUAAGUACUGGAGUAAUUGCAACCACAGAAAUUAAUUGCUACAAAGCACAAGAAAAUGGGAUUGCUCUUAUUCCUGUAGUGAUGAAAGGAACAGUGGAUCAAAUAAAAUUGAAAAAAAAAAAUAUGAAAGUAUUGCCUUUGAAAAGUGUAUUUUCUAAAAUAAGCCUGGGUUAG